CUUACGUAUGAGCUGUGUCUGAUCGUGACCAGACAUUCGCGAGCAUGUCACUUCUCGAUAAUGAAGAAGAUGAGAACUCCAGAUAUUUGCGAAAUAAUUCAGAGUCCCCAUCGGUGAUAACCUCGAUCGAGCCCAAGCAACCGUUCCCGCCGCUCCCCGCCGAUGACCUUGCGACAACCACACUGAGCUCGCAAAACGAUGGCUACGUCGAAGAAGAUGACCACAAUCCUACCUCACCCUCUCAUGCAGAUAUCAAUGCAGAAGAUGAUGCCGACUUUCAAUCGCAAUAUUCGCUAGAGGAUCAAGCCUUUUCGGAUGCAUCUACGGAUUCGGAGGAGCAGUCACCGGAAGAUGGUCUUUCUAUGCAUCACCCAUUUCGCCAGUCCACGAGUUCCCUUCAUGGGCCGAACGCCUUUGCUCCACCCUUCUACAAUAGACCCCCAACUCCGCUUCCCCCGUCUCCAUCAUUGACUUCCCUUCUCCGACCGCCGUUCUCCACGACUACUUCUCGACCUACCACCCCUGACAGCUCGGAUGUGGAAACACCGAAUGAUACGGAGGCUGCUGUCGCGAAAUCUGCCCGCCGCGCGACGACUGUUCCCAGGGCCAGUCCGAAGGUGCCGACAUAUGAAUACUAUGGAUUUGUCCUAUAUCUUGCUUCCUCUUUAGCCUUCCUGAUCUACAUCCUUUGGUCCUACCUGCCGUCCCCGUUUCUACACCAGCUUGGAAUAUACUAUUAUCCGAAUCGAUGGUGGUCAUUGGCCUUUCCUUCAUGGCUGGUGAUGUCCAUCAUCUACAUAUACGUUGCCCUGGCAUCAUACAACACGGGGUACCUGACGCUACCGAUGAAUAGCAUGGAGAAUAUCGUGGAUGAGGUGGCUAAUGUCGCCGUCAUUGAUGGCAAGGGCAGGCGAAGACCUGGUGGAGCUGCGAAGAUGAGACCUGGCGCGACAUCGUAUCAAAUUAUGGGGCCGCAGAACCGAAAGGUUAACUGGAAAGAGAUAUGGAGUGAAGGGACGGAUGCUGUGCUGGAUGUGCCAGUAGGCGGAGUCUGCGAAGUGCUUUAUGGACAGGAGCGCGAUGACGAUGAGUUGUUUGAAGAGGCGUCUACUAUUUCAUAGACCACGAUGUCAAAAUUCCAGAUAUAACCCAUCUUGCGCAUAUAUCACUUCACUGUAUGUGAACGACACCGUUCGUCGGGCUGGGUCCAAGCAACGCGGAUCCUUUAUCCCUUGAUCGGCAUCUUAUCGCCACGUGAUGCACUGGGUGCAAGAGGAAGAUCGUAGAAGUACAAGAGAAGAAUUGACUUUGUGGCCAACAAGAAGCUUAUUUCGAAAUGGACCCUAGCGGAAUCAAAAGUAACUUGGAAAUGAGAGCACAUCAACAGAGGUUGCAUGAAGACAACACACCGAAGGAGGCGAAAAAGGUUUCGGUAUGUGGGCUGAAUAUUGUCCAUAAGGCUCAUGACAAGUGCCGUGCCACCCUGGCAGCAUUCCGCCCGGCAAUGGCUG